AUGUCCUCAGAGAUUGCCUGGCCUCCUGUUUCGCCUCAUGCUGCGCUGCUGAGCUCUCCAAGUGGACGCAAGAAGUAUGAAGCCUACCGAGAGGGCACAUCUCCCAUAAAACGAUCUGCAACGACACCUAGUCUCGUCGACAGGCUGCGAGCGGCUCGCACGAACAAUGACUUCGGGGUUCUAGGUGGAAACGAGGAGGAGGAACAAGAAGAAGACGAAGAGACACUCCAACUUCAAUUGGCUGCAAUCGAGGCCAAGUUAAAAUUGAAGAAGUUGCAACAGAGCAAGGCAAGGGCUGCAACUCCCACCAGAGACUUGGCCCGGCCAGCUUCUGCUCAUGCACCGUCCGCUGCGCAGGUUGAGGUGAAAGCUUCUCCGAGUAAACGGAUACAACCCCCAGUGUCGAAGUCGCCAUCCAGAGUUCUCCUAGGAAUCGACAAGGGUAUCCGAGGCGCGGAUGUAUCACUACGCAGAGCCAAUACUACCAACGGCAGUCAUCGUUCCACGAGAACGGACAGUUCACUGCCGGGCAGUCACAGACCACCCUCUCAGUCUGCAGGAUUUAACUCUGCGCGAUCCGCCGCCUCAUCUAGGUCUGCUGUAAGGACCGAGUCACGCAAAACAUUCAGCGAGAGAAUGUCAGAGGCCCGCCAACGGGAGACGACCCUCGAACAACAUCGCGCCACGACAAUUCAAAAUCGCAGCAGAGGAUUUGCCCUGGACCAAACGGAAAUGGAGCGUUACAGAUCGACGGCGGAGGAAUCACGCAAUCAACAAUCGUCAAAGUCACCGACCCGACAAUAUUUCGAAUAUAGUCGAGACGAAGUCCUGCAUGCCGCAACAGAAGCUAAUAUUGGCAGUCGACAACUUAAGAAGAGUCGAACCAUGCCUAAUCUCAGAACAUCACCAUCCAGGCACAGCAGGAACCCAGAGACCCAACCGGGAGACGCGAACCUUUUCGAAGGCUUCUCUGGACUACACCUGUCUUCGCGAAUCCUGCCGCACUCGUUCCUCAAACGCACUCUUCCCACCGAACAAUUUACCAUCUUACGUAUCCCAGACCUCCUCAAAGCCGUCAAGUCGCCUACAUACGACCUCCCUGAAUCUCUAUGCGACUAUGUCGUUUUUGCGGUGAUCGCUUCCAAAUCCUCCCCUAUGGACCACAAGACGCCCAAUCCCAACAACGGAACAGUUGGGAGUAACGACUGGGAACGCCAAUGGGAGGACGGAUCGCGCAAUCAUCGGCGCUUCAUGGCUCUGACCCUGACAGACUUGACCUGGACCAUCGACUUAUACCUCUUCAGCACCGCCCUUCCCCGCUACCACCGGCUCACACCAGGCACUCUUGUGGCAAUCCUCAACCCGGGCAUUCUGCCCCCGAAGCCAGGGAAAGCCGACACGGGGGCAUUCUCCUUGUCCCUCUCCGAUGAUUCCGACACCAUCCUGGAAAUAGGCACAGCUCGAGACUUGGGGUACUGUAAGACCCUGAAAAAGGACGGGAAGGAAUGUGGAAGUUGGGUCAACGCGGCCAAGACUGAGAUUUGCGAAUGGCACCUCAACGCGGAAAUUAACAGGACAAAAGCGAAAAGAAUGGGUGUGAACACCGGCACAAAUGGUUUCGGGGAGUGGAAGAAUCGUCCUCUGUCACGAAAUGAAGACGGCGGAAAAGGGACGAGGGACGGACGACGAUAUGACAGGACGACAGAAAGUCACUAUUACAUCGCCAGCACAGGACCCAAAGUUGGCGGGCACGGGCACGGGCACGGUCGCCGUAUGCUGGGCGUGGGUGUGGGUCCACAUCUUCUGGACAGCGACGACGAUCCGUUUCUGCCCAGCGGUCAAGACGGGGGUCAGCUGUCCCGCCCCAGCGACCGCGAUGCGCGCCUGAGGAAACGUCUCGCCGCACAGGCGAAGGAGCGCGAGAUCGCGCAGAAACUCGGCUCACGAGAACACGGCGGCGGACUCGGGUUCGGGUUCGAGAGCGCCGGGGCAGAGUACAUGCGGCAGCAGAAGGCGAAGAAGACGAGGGACGAUGAAUCCCGAAUAAAAGACAAACAAUCUGCUGCAAAGACCGUGGCUGUGGGCGCCGUGGGCGAGACAGAGACUCAGACUCGACGCCUAGGUCCCAAUAUCUCUGGGAGUAUCUUGACCAGCACCACGAACGAGAACCGAAAGCGCACAGCCGCAGAUGUGCGCCUCUCGCCCGUGAAGAAGACGCGCUUCGUCACUGAAAAGGGCAUCAGAGAGGCCGGCAGAGAGUCCCUUGGAACGGGCGUGGGUUCUCAAGAUCCAGGACCCGGUGUUGGGGUGGAGAGUGAAAGUGAGGAUGAAUUGGAAAUUGUUUGA